AUGUCCUCGGAGGUGGCCGCGCGCCGAGACGCCAAGAAGCUGGUGCGCUCCCCGAGCGGCCUGCGCAUGGUGCCCGAGCACCGCGCCUACGGCAGUCCCUUCGGCCUAGAGGAGCCGCAGUGGGUCCCGGACAAGGAGUGUCCGAGGUGCAUGCAGUGCGACACCAAGUUUGACUUCAUCACCAGGAAGCACCACUGCCGCCGAUGCGGGAAGUGCUUCUGCGACAGGUGCUGCAGCCAGAAGGUGCCGCUGCCGCGCAUGUGCUUCGUGGACCCCGUGCGGCAGUGCGCCGAGUGCGCCCUGGUGUCGCAGAGGGAGGCCGAAUUCUACGACAAGCAGCUCAAAGUGCUCGUGAGCGGUGCUACCUUCCUUGUGACUUUUGGAAAGUCAGAGACACCCGAAACGAUGGUUUGCCGUCUUUCCAACAAUCAGAGGUUCUUGGUUCUGGAUGGAGACGGCCAUUAUGAAAUUGAAAUUACACGUAUUUCCACCAUGCGGAUCCUGACGGAAGGACUCCCUCCUGGAGGAGGCAGCAUGCGGGCCUCUGGCAUGCUCCUGCAAUACACCGUUCCCGGCGCAGAGGGCGUGACCCAGCUGAAGCUGACGGCCGGGGAAGACGCAAACACUAGCAAGAGGCCGGCGGUAGCGUGGCUGGCAGCAAUGCACAAGGCUGCCAAGCUCCUCUAUGAAUCACGGGACCAGUGACAGCCGACGGGGGCCCCGCUCCUGCGUGUGCGAUGCACAAGGCCCGUCCUGCAGUGCUGGGGUGCAUUCAAGUAUUUGGAGAAGUGUUCACUUACCUAGUGCAAUAUGUACACAGUUGAUUAAUGCUUUCAAAGCUCACGUUUUAGGGUGUGUAUUAUCUUGCUGAUACUUAACUGGGGGUGGGAGACUGAGCUACGCUACUGCUAAGCUACCUUUAGCGUACUCUGCACAGUGUUUUUACAAGUUCCCAAGUUUACUACAAGGUUCUGCCCACAGCGUUCACUAACCGCCACAGAAACCAGCUGGGUAGGGCACCUCAGGUUCCUGCGUGGUACUGGAGUUUGGUCCAUCUUUAAUGUGCCAGUUUACAGAGUCCGCCUUAGCCUGUUUUCUAGACUGUCCAUCGUUUGGGCUGUGAGCAAACUUUUGAUAAUUCACUAAGGGAAAGGCGCCAGCUUUGUGUUUUGUACUUCUUACUCUUUCACCUUAUUAAAAUGACUGUACAGCAAUUUAUAUAUAAAGCUUAUGAUUAAACCUAUUUUGAAAAUACUCAUCAACACUGCCUCAUUGUGUGCAGGGAGAUACACACAUAACAAAGACUCCAGGCUGCUGGCAGUGUGGGAGCCGUUUAUUGUGCAAUGACAUGAUGGCGAGCAGACCAGGGGACAGUGGUCACACUCCUUGUUCCUCACCACACUGCAGGGCAGCGGCCACGGUGACCAACUACAGCGCUGCGUCAGGGACUACGUACAUUUAUACAUAAAUUACACACAAGACUCACACAUGGAAAAUAAAGCCUGUGGGCCUACACUUCAAUGAGGAAAAACACCACCUCCAGCGCAGUUGUGGUACUGUGACUGUAAAGUCAAAAAAUACUCUUGGCGUAUAAAAGCUGUACGUACGAGGCCAGCGUGAGUGACGUGCUUUAGUGCGCCGUGCAUCUAGGGUGCAGAGCCCUUCCCCCUGCCCAGCCCUCCGUCCUGUCCCCGCCACCCCGGCCCUGCCUCCGUG